CGACACUCCUCCUCGGAUGGCGGAUCUGGUGGACACCGCUGCCGGCUGUGUCGGUGCCACAGCCUGCACGCUCGGCGGCCUGCCGUUCGACGUCGCCAAGGCGCGGCUCCAGGCGGGCGGCGCGGGCCACGCCUACAGCGGCCUCGCCGACUGCCUCCUCACCACGGCAAGGACCGAGGGGGCGCUCGCCCUGUACCGCGGGAUGGUGCCGGCGCUCUCCUCUGCGCUUGCGGAGAACUCGGUCGGCAUCACCGUCCAGCGCUCUCUCCGCCGCGCGCUCGGCGUCGACGACGGCGGCCAGCGGCCGUCGGUCGGCACUGAGCUCGGGCUCGGCGCUGUCACGGGCGUCUUCACCUCGGUGGCGAUCUGCCCGUUCGAGGUGCUCAAAGUGCGCCUGCAGCUCAACCACGACCUCGUCGACGCGGGUCCCGCCGCCCUGCUGCGCGAGCUCCGCAGCCUGGUCGGCAGCGAGGGCCUCUCCGGCCUCUACCGCGGCAUCGGCUCGCUCGUGUGUCGCGACGUGCCGUACAACACGCUCUUCUACGGCUCGUACGAGUCGCUCUGCACGCUCUUCAUGCGGCUGACGGGAGUGCAGCGCAAGGAGGAGCUGGCGACGGGGUGGGUCUUCCUCUCCGGCGGGCUCGGAGGCUGCAUCGGCUGGUCGCUCGUGCUGCCCUUCGACGUUGUCAAGACGCGUGUGCAGUCGGGCGCGGAGAGCCGCGCCCUCCCCCUCGUGCGGAGGAUCGUCGCGACGGAGGGCGUGCAGGGCCUCUUCCGCGGCUGGACGGCGGCGGUGGUGCGCGCCUUCCCCGCGAACGCGUGCCUCUUCCUCGGCGUCGAGGUCACCACCCGGCUGCUGCGCCCCGCAACCUCACGGCGCGACGCGACGGCCGUGCCGCCUCCGCCGCCCGCGGUGCCCGCGGUGCCGGCCGCAGGAGCGGGAGCCGUGGCGGCGCUGUCUCCUCGUGAGGAGGGGAGGGCGUGAGGGGCGUCGAAUUCGGGGCUCCGGGAGCGUCAAGGCGCGCCGGCAGCGCCACCGCCAGCCACAGCACCCCUGUCGCGACUCGGCCGAGACGAGCGCCGAGCGGGCAGAGAGAGCCUGCCCGCGUCGGCGCCGCGCAGGGCGCAGCCCUUGCGCCUUGGUUUCGCGCGCAGUCUUCAACCAACACAACAGACAACUCAGACACAACUCUAAUAUAUAUUGCAUGAUAGACUCGUACUGCAUGAACGUCAUGAACUUGCGUGUUUUGUCUUGUGAAUUUAAUCUCGAUUCUCGUUGAC